AUGAGUAGUAAUCUACAAUCACCUUCGUCUCCUCAACAGGGGCCGUCAACUUCGUCAACGCCUUUGACACCAUUGCCAUUGACAUCGACGUCACAGACUGGUACACCAUCUGCAGGCAGUAAUCCAAUACCAGUGAACUUUCAACAACAGCAAUCACCUGUUGCACCAGCCACUCCAACACAACAUGUACAGCCACAACAACAACAAUCAAUGUCCUUCAUGGACAUCCUCAAUGCAUGGAAGCAGUUCAACAUUGAGAAGAAGAAGUCUGAGCUGGAUGCCUUUGUAGCACAGAUCGCCACCAUCAAAGAAGACUGUGUCCAAUCACGUAAGGUGUUGGCAAAGCAGACACAAGACUUCAAAAAGGUUGUGGAUGAGGAGAAGAUAAAGACAUUUGGCGCAUUGCUGAAGCUAUACCAGGAGGAGGUGGACAAGUUGACAAAGAGGAGCAAGUUCUCAGAGACAUGCUUCUUUGGUAUCUAUAAGGACUUGAUGGAGGCGGCAGACCCAGUGCCAGCACUGAACGCCGCACUUGAUGAGUACGCAAAGGUAGACUCAACGGCCAAGCUCGAGAUUGAGAACAAGAAGCUUCAACUCGAGCUCUCUGAGUUCAGGAAGGAGUUCCAGGAGAUCCAGAACCAAGAGGUCACAAUCCGUCGCCUCGAGGACAAGAUCAAGGACUACGAGUCAAGCUUCCAAUCAAACACCGCAGAGAUCAUUGCUAAUCGCGAGCAAGAACUUCGUCAAGAGUACAAGACCAAGAUGCUCGUACUCAAAGAGAGGAACCAAGAGCUUGAUCGUCAAGUGGGACAGCUACAAGAGGAGCUCAACAAGAUCACCAGGACUCAUGAUCAGAAUCAGACACAGAUCUUUGACAUCAAGGUCAUGCAUGACGAUGAGAUGUCAUCCAAGCAAAGUGAGAUUGAUAUGUUAACGAAUGAAAUGGAGAGGAUAUCAACCAAGUUGUCCACACUGCAGACUGAGAACUCAUCACUCAGAGAGGAGUCAAUGAAGGAGAAGAAUGCCAUUCAGCCAUUGGCCAAGCGCAUUGCAGAGUUGGAACUUGAGCUGUUGCAGAGGGAGUCAGAGAUGUCAAAGAUGAAUGACACUUUGAAUGAGAGCAAACAAACGUUGAAGGAGGAAAUGGCUGCCUAUCAGGACACAUUCUCACAGUUGGAGAUCGAGCGACAGAAGAUACUCAAUCUCGAGAAGCUCAUUCAGAACAACCCUUCACCAGCCGACUAUGAGAAUGUCAAGCGAGAGCUUGCCACUCUACAGGCAAUCGUCGGCUCGGAGGAGGUAGUCUCGUCCAAUCAGCAGAAUGACAAGCCGAUGAAGGAGAAGAAUCGUCAGUUGGAGAAUGAUCUCACCAAGCUGCGACUGACCAUUGGCACGUACGAGUCUGAGCUGGACGAGUCAAGACGACAGGUUGAGCAACUAGAGUCAAUCCAGGUCGAGCAGAGCGCACUAAUCCUGCGUCUGGAGGAGGACUUGGCAGUUAGAGGAGGCGGUGGCAACAGUGGCAACGUCAACUUGCGUUCAUCACAGAGCGGACCAACCAAUGACCUGGCAUCACUCAUACAAUCGUCGCCAAUCUCCAGUCUUAGCCAUUCAACCAACAGUGGCAUCACCCAGAUCACUCCACAAGCGUCGUCUGGUGAUUUAACAGGAGUGCAAUCAAAGGAUGACAAGAUGUUGGAUAUAGUCAUUGGACAAAGAGAUAGAUUCAAAACAAAGAACCUACAACUGGAGAAUGAGAAGGCACAGUUGGAGAAGCAACUGGAAACAUGUAAAUUAGAGGUACACUCCUUGAAGCAAGACAACAUCAAGCUCUACGAGAAGAUCAGGUUCCUACAGAGUUAUGACAAGAACAGAGGAGGUGGCGUCAUCACUGGUAAUGCCAAGAGAGCUGGUGAUAGAAAUUAUGAUAUGGAGCGAGGUGGAACAACAGCAUCAACAUCCAACAAUGAUACAGAGGAGAAGUAUGGCAAGCUGUAUGAGGACAGUAUCAAUCCGUUCUUGUCGUUCAACAAGAAGGAGAAGUAUCGUAGAUACAAGGAGAUGAACACGGCGGAGAGGGUGAUACUCAACACAUCCAGGUUCUUCCUAUCCACCAAGUACAGUCGUCUGUUCCUAUUCAUCUACUCAGUGCUGCUACAUCUCCUAGUGUUCGUCACACUGUACAAACUAGCCGUUACCACCGCCGAGCAACACGACCCCGACUUCCAGAUGGGUGGCGGUCCACCAGAUAUUGCUCAUAUGUUGGAGAAUAAAACGAACAACAAUCAUUGA